AUGAGGGUCAAAGCCUUUGCGUUGGCCAUGUCUCUUAUGGCUGUACCACCUGCCUUCUGCCUACCGACCGACCAAGUUGAAAAGCCCGGCCUUACUCACGAGGAGUGGCUAGAAUAUCUUUCUCUCAACACCACUGACGGCUGGGAGCCGAUGACCCGUGUCCCGCUCUACGAGAUUACUGAGCCUGGCCAAGUCCUCGACCUGGCUGAUACCACCCUCUAUAAACGGAGCUUGGCCAAGCGAGCCGGCGCAAAUGCCUUCGAGGCAUUCGAAGACGGAAUCUGCUCCUCGCGCCUAUUCCGAAUCGCGAACUUCGGCUGUGGAGUAUGCGUUUCAGUGAAGUACAGUUUUUGCAAUACGUGCACUUGGGGCAGCAGCUGGCUAUGGAGGCAAACCAAUGGCAAUCCAUACCCAACCGCUGAUUGGUAUGCUUCGAAUGAUUGCAGUGGUAGCCGUGUUCACCAUCAGGGGAUCGAAUCUGGGAAGUCCUUUUCCUGUGAUACUGUGGCUAGGUAUGGUGUUUCUCGCUACCAGUCCGCAAUGCUUUACCAAGGGUGUUGA